CUUUAUUCUUUCAUUUUGCAUAUUUACGUGCUUUAUUCUAAUGGAUGUCUUGAUGUCACCUGAAUGUGAAGCCUAUGAAAGUUUUGCUAGGUCUAAAUAUCCGGAUGACCCAUUCCCCAUGACAAAAAACAAGUUGAUUCGAUAUAUCAAAUUCCGUGCUCGAUGUAAAACAUUCUUUAGCUUCAUGUCCAAUUUAGAUAAACACCCACUUCAUGGUGAACCAUGGCUUAAUAAGAUGAACAACGAUCCGGAUGUAAGACACCUGAUGCAACUCUCUUUAAACUUAUGGCCACGAGAAGCAAAGGAGUGUAAAGUACGAUUGAUUGGUGUUGAUUAUGUGAAUCCAGUUCCUGUUCGAAACAGUGCUUUACAUGCUCCUCAUAUACCCAAGAAAAGAGGGUAUAUGGUAACAGAUACUGAAUCCACCACUACAAACCAUUUAAAUCAAGGACAUACGCCUGAUGCACCUAUUGAUCUGAAUAAUUAUCACCAUGUACCCACCAUGUCAUUUACACCCCCACACCAUACAAGUCAUUAUGCUCCCAACAACCUGGCUACUUUGGUGGCUAGAUUCAAGCCAGAUCCGAAACCUUAUGUGAUGAAAAAAAAAUCCAAGAAACCCAUUGAACCACCAUUAAAAAGGGCAACAGAUAAACCCAAACGUGCUUAUAGAAAGAGACCUGUUUAUAUACAUGAUGAAUUAGGCACCAAGAUUAAGGAACCUGUGAUUAGGAUUGAAAGACCAACCAAUUACACGAUGAAAGAUGUGGUUGUGGUCAUUUCCAGACCUGAACUAUCCCUUGCUACGAUUCCCACUUUUAUUUUACAAAGAUAUAUGAAGGGUGAAGUCAGUGAAGGAUUCUUGAAAGAAUACCUGAAAGGAUUUAUAGAAGAAGAAGAGGAUCCUAAGCAGACUACCCUUGAUCAAUUCUUUACAUCAACUUAAUAAAGUGCACAGACCGUUUUGUUCUUUUGAUGUGUGUUAUUGCGGCGAUUCAAAAGAUGUGUAUCAUGUGAUACAUGAACCAAUGAUAUCAUCAAAACAUGCC